CUGAGAAAUACACAAGUUUGAAGCUCCUUUUUCUGCUAGUUCCCUAUCAUACUCGUGUAAUUCCUUUUUUUACUCGCAACUAACUGAUUUUUUUGAUCAGCAAAUUCAAUAUGAAGGUUAUCUCGAUCUUAUGUGUUUCGUUUAUUUUGGUGGCUUCAGUUUUGGCUGAAAGUUCAAUCGAAGACGUGAGAAACAGUGCUGCUGAAUUAUGUAAAAAAGAAUUGAAUGCAGGAGAUGACGUAGCCGCAAUUUUAAAAUUGAAACAACUCCCAAGCAACGAAGCUGAAAGUUGUUUCAUAGAAUGUGUGUAUGGCAAAUUACAACUGAUCAAGAACGGUCAAUUGAAUGAAGAAGGAGCCAAAGCUUUAGCAAAACAAAAGUUUGGAGAAGAUAAAGAGAAAUUAGCCAAAACCGAUGAAGUAUUCAAAAAAUGCCAACAAGAAGUACAAAGUGCUACUCAAGAAAAAUGUUACCUAGGAAAAUCAUUAAGAAAAUGUUUAAUUACCUACAGCGACCAAUGUGUUUCUGGUUUACGAUUUUUUUUGCGCGAUUUUAAAAUUUUCAAUAUGAAAUUUUUAACGGGCGUUACUAUUUUACUUUGCGCAGCCUUCAUCGUCAAGGCUGAACAAGCUAAACCUUCGGCAGCUCCAUCUACUACUCCUAAAUCCGUUGCCACGACCAUCGAUGCUAAAAACAAUAAAACUGGAAAUUUAACAUUCCCUAAAAAUUUAAAGGCCAAUGACUCUCUACAUAAUCGUUUCAAUGCCGUUGCUACUGAAUGCAAAAAAGAGUUGAAUGCUAACCAAGGUACACCAGAAAUCAUGGCUCUUUUAUCUUCCGGUGCAUUGCCUACCAAUGAAAAACAAAGAUGUUUCUUGGAAUGUGUGUACAACAAAGUCGGUUUAAUUAAAGAUGGAAAAGUCAACGAAGAAGGUGCCAUGAGCUUAGCGAAAGCUAAAUUCGGAGAAAAUAAGGACUUGAUGACCAAAGCUGAAGCUCUUUUCAAGAAAUGUAAAACUGAAGCCGUUGUAGAAAAGGACUCGAAGGAAAAAUGCGCCUUAGGAAGGUUGAUCCGUACCUGCAUAGUUAAUCACGGCAAUAACUUGCCAAUUUUUUCCAAAGCUAGUUAAACUGUAUUCGUAUAAGGAGGAAAUUUCAUCUCACAAAUGACUUCAGCUAGUGACCAAAUGCAAGUCAUGCGCACAAAUGACAAUGUACUAUUAAUUUAAUAUACUUA